CGGGCGCUCGGGCGGCAGGUGUCAGCGGCGACGGCAUUCGGCGGCGAUGGAGCGGCCCCGGGGAGCUGCGGCCGGCUUCUCGCGCUGGCUCCGCGGCCUCGGCCUCCUCUUUCUCCUGCAGCUGCGGCCGCCGGCGACUCUCGGUCAGGACCGGCUGGACGCGCCGCCGCCGCCCGCCGCGUCGCUGCCGCGCUGGUCCGGGCCCGUCGGGGUGAGCUGGGGGCUGCGCGCCGCCGCGGCCCGGGGCCCGUUCCCCCGCGGCGGCCGUUGGCGGCGCAGCGCGCCCGGCGAGGACGAGGAGUGCGGCGGGGCCCGGGACUUCGUCGCCAAGCUGGCCAACAACACGCACCAGCAUGUGUUUGAUGACCUCAGAGGCUCAGUAUCCUUGUCCUGGGUUGGAGAUAGCACUGGGGUCAUUCUAGUCUUGACUACCUUCCAUGUACCAUUGGUAAUUAUGACUUUUGGACAGUCCAAGCUAUAUCGAAGUGAGGAUUAUGGAAAGAACUUUAAGGACAUUACAAAUCUCAUCAAUAAUACCUUCAUUCGAACUGAAUUUGGCAUGGCUAUUGGUCCUGAGAACUCAGGAAAGGUGAUAUUAACAGCAGAGGUGUCUGGAGGAAGCAGUGGAGGAAGAAUCUUCAGAUCAUCAGAUUUUGCAAAGAACUUUGUUCAGACAGAUCUCCCUUUUCAUCUUCUCACUCAAAUGAUGUAUAGCCCUCAGAAUUCUGAUUAUCUUUUAGCCCUCAGCACUGAAAAUGGCCUGUGGGUGUCCAAGAAUUUUGGGGGAAAAUGGGAAGAAAUCCACAAAGCAGUAUGUUUGGCCAAAUGGGGAUCAGAAAACACCAUCUUUUUUACCACUUAUGUGAAUGGCUCCUGCAAAGCUGACCUUGGGGCUCUGGAAUUACGGAGAACUUCAGACUUGGGAAAAACCUUCAAAACCAUUGGCGUGAAAAUCUACUCAUUUGGUCUUGGGGGACGUUUCCUUUUUGCCUCUGUGAUGGCUGAUAAGGAUACAACAAGAAGGAUCCAUGUGUCAACAGAUCAAGGGGACACAUGGGGCAUGGCCCAGCUCCCCUCUGUGGGGCAGGAACAAUUCUAUUCUAUUCUGGCAGCUAAUGAUGACAUGGUAUUUAUGCAUGUAGAUGAACCUGGAGAUACUGGAUUUGGCACAAUCUUUACUUCAGAUGAUCGAGGCAUUGUCUAUUCCAAGUCUUUGGACCGACAUCUCUACACUACCACAGGCGGAGAGACAGACUUUACCAACGUGACCUCCCUCCGUGGAGUCUACAUAACAAGUGUGCUCUCGGAAGAUAAUUCUAUCCAGACCAUGAUUACUUUUGACCAAGGAGGAAGGUGGAAGCACCUGAGAAAGCCUGAAAACAGUGAAUGCGAUGCUACAGCAAAAAACAAGAAUGAGUGCAGCCUUCAUAUUCAUGCUUCCUACAGCAUCUCCCAGAAGUUAAACGUUCCGAUGGCCCCACUGUCAGAACCUAAUGCCGUAGGCAUAGUCAUCGCUCAUGGUAGCGUGGGGGAUGCCAUCUCAGUGAUGGUCCCAGAUGUGUACAUCUCAGAUGAUGGGGGUUACUCCUGGGUGAAGAUGCUGAAAGGACCCCACUAUUACACCAUCCUGGACUCCGGAGGCAUCAUUGUGGCCAUUGAGCACAGCAGCCGUCCUAUCAAUGUGAUUAAGUUCUCCACAGAUGAAGGUCAAUGCUGGCAAACCUACACAUUCACCAGGGACCCCAUCUAUUUCACUGGCCUAGCUUCAGAACCUGGAGCUAGGUCCAUGAAUAUCAGCAUUUGGGGUUUCACAGAAUCUUUCCUGACCAGCCAAUGGGUCUCCUACACCAUUGAUUUUAAAGAUAUCCUUGAAAGGAACUGUGAAGAGAAGGACUACACCAUAUGGCUGGCGCAUUCUACAGACCCUGAAGAUUACGAAGACGGCUGCAUUUUGGGCUAUAAAGAACAGUUCCUACGGCUACGCAAGUCGUCCGUCUGUCAGAACGGUCGAGACUAUGUUGUGACCAAGCAACCUUCUAUCUGCCUCUGUUCUCUGGAGGACUUCCUCUGUGAUUUUGGCUACUACCGUCCAGAAAAUGACUCCAAAUGUGUGGAACAGCCAGAACUGAAGGGCCAUGACCUAGAGUUUUGUCUGUACGGAAGAGAAGAGCACCUGACAACAAAUGGGUACCGGAAAAUUCCAGGAGACAGAUGCCAAGGUGGGGUGAAUCCAGUUCGAGAAGUAAAAGACUUGAAAAAGAAAUGCACAAGCAACUUUUUGAGUUCAGAAAAGCAGAAUUCCAAGUCAAAUUCUGUUCCAAUUAUCCUGGCCAUCGUGGGAUUGAUGCUAGUGACAGUCAUAGCAGGAGUGCUCAUUGUGAAGAAGUAUGUCUGUGGAGGAAGGUUCCUGGUGCAUCGAUACUCUGUGCUGCAGCAGCAUGCAGAGGCCAAUGGCGUGGAUGGUGUGGAUGCUUUGGACACAGCCUCCCACACUAAUAAAAGUGGUUAUCAUGAUGACUCAGAUGAGGACCUCCUGGAAUAGCUCUUCAAGAGAGCUGGGACCCAGCAUGGAUGGUAGAACCACAGUACCUCUUACACUCCCUGUGGCUCCGACUUGGGAAAAUAAAUUUCCUGUUGCGAGGGACCCAGCUCUGUUUCUGCUGCUUCCAUCAAAGCCAAAAGGACCUACACUAAAGAAAUGCAGGGUGGGGGUGGGGAACCCUGAGCACUUUUUACAAUUGGCUCCCAGAAGAGGGGAAAAAUUUAAAUUCUUUAACUUUUUAUUUCAA